GGCGGUCGCGGAACGCAGUCGGGAUGGCCAACUACACCUUUGACACGAAAUGGCAGUCGGCCAUGACCGAGCUCAACGAGCAAGUGCACAUUGAGGACCACACGCUGGACGCGGAAGAGGGCCAAGAGGUGCAGCCGCCGCCGGAUGUCUCGAUGCUCGAGGCCUUCCAGCACUACGCGUGCCUCUACAUCAAGUACGUCCAGAUCUUUACUACGCUCGAAGAGUGCUACGACCAAAUGGUGCACCCGCAAAAGCGCAUCGACGUCAAGAAGAUCAUGGAGCUCGUCAUGACGCGCGUGGUGGAGCUCAAGCACGACCUCGUGAAAUGGAACCCGCCCAACCCCGACGUACGCACGACGCCCGAGCAAAACUUCCCGUGGGAGUACGUCAACCUCGACGACCUCCUCGUCGACCUCAAGCUGCCGCCGAGCCUCCUCGAAGUGCCUGUGCCGCGCUACUUUGUCGAAGACAGCAGCGCCGAGCUCAAGAAACGCGACCGUCUCGUCAAGGGCUACAUGAAGCUCAAGCUCGGCGUCGAAGCGCUGUACAUUGAUGACAGCGAUGCCAGCGUCUCGCUCGCCGACGCGAUGUCGCUGGACGAAGCGCUGCAGAUCAUCCAGCGCAACGAACGCGGGCGGCAAGGCCGGCAGCGCGGCCUCCUCGUGCACGAACUCCGCGAGGAAGAGAAGCAGCGCCGCAUCUACGACAACACGCAGACGCCCGAGAUGGACCCGGAGCUCGCGGCCGCCAACAUCCAGCGCGUCUUCCGCGGCCACAACUCGCGCGGGAAGGCGGCGAUCGAGCGCGACGACGAGCUGGUCUUCAUCGGCAUGAAGCCGCCGGUGGUCGACAAGGCGCUCGAGCUCGAGGCGGCGCUCGCACUGGCCAAGAUCAAGCGCAAGACGCAGCAGGCCGACAACAAGGACGAGUACGAGAAAUCGCUCGGCGACAUCCACGAGACGGUGGCGUCCGAGGAAGGGCCGUUCAUGAAGGAGAAGCUCCUCGAGGAGCGCCGGAAAUGGAUCUCCGACAUGAUGGCGCUCGGCCAGCUGCCCGAAGACCUCGCGGGCUACUACCUCAUGAUCAACCCGCCGCCGCCCGAGGCCGAGCCCAAGGUCGACGCGGACGCGAAAGGCAAGAAGGACAAGAAAGAGGACAAGAAGGGGAAGAAGGGCAAGGAGGAAAAGGGCAAAAAAAGCAAAAAAGACGAAAAAAAGGUCGAAGCCGAGGCGCCGCCCGAGCGCCCGCCGCCGCUCACGGGCCCGAGCGAGCUCUGCACCAACAUGGCCGGCGGCGUCGAGAUGUUUGAGAAAGUGUGGCUCGAGCGCGACGAAGCCGACAAUUUCCACCAGAAAUACGACAUUGACCUCGCGAAAGACGUCGUGCGCGGCCCCGUCGAAGCCCAAGUCCGGCAGCAAGUCGACGAGAUGCUCGUGCUCCAGCUCGCCAACAUCAAGGCGCAGCUCGAGGCCGCGGCCAACGGCAAGAAAAAGAAGGGCAAGAAGGGCAAGAAGGGCAAGAAGGGCAAAAAAGGCAAGAAAGACAAGAAGGGCAAGAAGGGCAAGCCGCUGCCCGGCGACAAGAUCGCCGAGCUCAAGGGCCGGACGCCCGAUACGAUGCUCGCGAUCCUCGUCGAGCAGAAAAUCGUGAGCAACGUCCGGCCCUGCCUUGUGCACGACUUUAUUGGCGAGUUCAACUACCUCGGGACGGUCUACCAGAGCGCGGACCGGCGCGAUCGCUUUGGCAACUGGGUGCCGCAGGACCCGUCCGCCGCGCAGCUCCGCGCGGCGAUCGUCGAGUACGCGGUGCUGCCGCUCGGGUCGCUCGCCGUGCGGGAAAAAGUCAAGCACAUUCGAUCGCUCCUGCUGUACGGACCCAAGGGUAGCGGGAAGACCAUGAUGGCGCGUGCGAUCGCGCACGAGACCGGCGCGCUCUUCUUCAACCUCUCGGCGUCCAACUUGAUUGGCAAGUUUUCCGGCAAGAACGGCCCGACCAAGUGCAUCCACAUGGUGUGGAGUUUGGCGAAAGCGAUGCAGCCCGCGGUCAUUUACAUUGACGAGUGCGAGCAGAUCUUCGCACCGGGCAAGAAGAAGGCGUCGGACGGCCCGACGGGGUACCGCAAGGACCUGCUGACGUACCUCAAGUCGCUCACCAUCAACGACCGCGUCUUGGUCAUUGGCACGUCGUCCAACCCGAUGGCCGGCGAGCCUAAAGACUUUCGCGCGUUUUUUGAUAAAUUCUUGUACUUUCCGUACCCAGACUACCCGUCGCGCGUGCUGCUGUGGCGUCGCAGCAUCAUCGACGCGAUCAAGACGCACACACCGACGCCCUCGGCGGGCGUUCGUCUUCCGGACGAGCUGGACGUGAGCACGCUCGCGCACAUUUCGGAAGGGUACUCGUCCGGGUCCAUCCGCGCCGCCGUCGACCAGACGUUGACAGCGCGCCGCGUGCACCGGCUCGCGAAGCGCGUGCUGCGCGAAGACGAGUUCAUUUCGGCGCUGUCGCGACAGACUGCGACGUUUGCGGACGACAACGACAAGCUCAAGAACUUUACGGCGGUCAUUUCGGGACUGAAGGAGACGCGCGAGAAGAUCCGCAAGGCCGCGCUCGGCGACGGCGACGCCGCGGACGACAAGAAGGGCAAGAAGGGCGCCAAGGGCAAGAAGGGCAAAAAGUAAAAAAGAUCGUCAAUCCAAGAAAACCGAUCGCUCUAUGAAGAAAAUAUCGCC